UACAACUCUCCCCUGCCUGCAAUUUCCUGCAUGAAGCCCUGCAAACUGAAUAAUAAUAUGGAGUCUGGCUUGGAAGCUGGCUCGCAGUGCAGAAGUGGGACAACCUGCACAGCCAAGUGUGGCUCUGAACGUCUGGAGAACGCUGCCAAGAGGAGACUGGCAGCUAAUGCCAGGGAACGGAAGAGGAUGCAAGGGCUCAACACCGCCUUCGACCGCCUGCGCAAAGUGGUCCCCCAGUGGGGACAGGACAAGAAGCUCUCCAAGUACGAGACCCUGCAGAUGGCCCUGAGUUACAUCAUGGCCCUGACCAGGAUCCUCGCUGAAGCAGAGAGGUACAACGCUGAGAAAGACUGGAUUAACUUCCACUGUGAGCACUUCCACCAGGAAAAUUGCCAUGCUUACACGGGGCAGAAGAUGGCUGCGGAAGCUGACCCGUACGCGCAGAGACUUUUCGGCUUCCAGCCUGACAGCUACUAAACAGCAGGCUCCUGAGAUCCUUGUGACCUUGGCAGGAGGACAGAGUGAUCAUUCUGUUUAAAAACCUGGAAACACGAACUAAGCAAGCUGCUUAAGGUAAUCCGGUUGUUAUUCUUGUUCUCUGCCUGUAAUAUGAUAUGAUGAUACUCUUUAGAAUAAGUUGAUCUUGAACAUUUUGCCAAAUGCCUAUGUCUUGUCACAGAUCAUCAUUACCUAUAAAAUGUGCAUGACAUAUUUUGUAUUGUUUUCUGAAAUGCUGGAUUAUUUUUUUUUAGAAUUUUCAUGACUCACUCAUUGCACUGUAUGUUUUUACCACGAUGUGUCAAAGAAACUCUCAUCUAAGAAGCCAAAUUUGUAUAUAGGCUGCUAAUUCACUGAAGUUAAUGUAAGAGGGAUAACUAUAAUCCCAUUUCUUUAUCGAUCCUGCCUUUGAGGACACUUUUUUUUAAUUUCUGAUUAAUUCUGUAUCAUAAAAUAGAAAACAGAAAUGUACUCUUUAGUCCUCAAAGAAGUAACUUUCUUAAACUUUGUAAGUUUGCUGUAACGGGUUCUUCCAGACCCAACUAUAUAGGUUUACUUGUCUACAAUUUACAGUUACUCUGGUGUAUGCUCGGAAUAGAGCUACUUUCAAAUAGUGUAUAUGGAAUGUAUAUAUAUUAUCAAUGUUGAGUGUAAAAGCAGAUUUCUUUGUGAUGUAAAUGAUAAAAUAAUUGCAUGAAUAUCAAGAGCUAAUCUUUAUUAUUUACAGAUUGUAGCAGGGUUUUUUGUUUUGAUUUUUGUUUUACUUUUCUUCUGUUUCCUUGAAGCUAUAAGACAUUUGUAAACUAUGAAUAAAUUGUUUUUCUUAUACAAAA